GCCGCCACGUGUUAUCUUAUGGUACCAGGCAUGGGAGAAGAAACGGAAGUAAAAAGGAAGUUUUCCGUAUUGGCCAAUAUCAUGUGUGUUUGGUGGAAAUAAGUGCAUUAAUAAUGGAUUAAAAGAUACUGCACUCCUCAGCCACCACGAGAAGUUUGCAAUAACUCGUUUAUUGUGGCAAACUUCGUCUUACGAUUAUUGUCCGACAAUCGGUUGAACCAUGGAUGCAGAUGAUGACUCGUCCAAAUGCAAGUGCUGCUUGUCUCCUCUUGAUGAACCUUACAUCUCUUGUGCCGUCUGCCAACGAACACUUCUGUGUGUUCACUGUUUUGCUCGUGGAUAUGAGGAAGGAAAUCAUAAGAACUUUCACGCUUUUGAAGUAGUGAAGAAUAACUUCCCUUUGUUUGCUGGCUCGUCAUGGACUGCUUCCGAAGAGAAGAAGCUGGUUGAUGCAAUAGCUGAUUGUGGCAUCGGGAACUGGCAAGAUGUUUCAAACCAGCUACAGACACGGUCCAGGAAGGAGUGUGAAGAGCACUACUACAGGUUUUAUUUUGAUAAUCCCCAGCCUCUUCUCCCAGUGUUACCAAUGCCAGAAAUCAAUUACCCUCCACCCCCUGUCAUUUUCAAAUUAAGUGAAGACCCACCACGCCCAGCUGACGGUUCUGUGUCCCAGCUGGACUAUUCAGGCUACAUGGCUGCGAGGGGUGACUUCCAAGUCGAGUAUGAUAACUAUGCCGAGAUGGACCUCAAAGAUGUCCACUUUGAUGUUGACGAUUCUGAAACUGAGCAAGAACUGAAACUGGCUGUUGUCAAUAUAUAUUGGAAUGUAUUGAAGGAGAGACAUAGGAGAAAAAGGAUAAUCCGAAAGUAUGGCCUGAUAAACGUUAGAAAGGUUGCGAGCCUCCAGAAGCAUUAUGAGAGAACAUUACAGCACCGUGUGUCAGCACUUGCACCAUUGACAAGACUCUUGAAACCACAGGAGUUUGACAUGUAUUUGGAGGGAUUGAGCUAUGAGCAAGAACUACAGGCUGAUAUCUCUCGCCUUCAGGAGUUCCACAUGGUGGGGAUAACCAAGCUGAGUUUAGGCAGGAUCUACUAUAAACUGAAGAAGAAUCGAGAGAAUGUGAAGAUAAGGCACAGAUGUCUGGAUGAUGUACUCACCUCUGUUCAGGAUGGCUCAGCUUGCAAGCAAUGGCUUCAGCAGCAGGCAGCGAUACAAGGGAUGAAGGGAUUACCUCACUCAAUACCACCUCUUCCCCGAAAAACAGCUCCUCCCCUAGAUAUUGCAAAUCUUCCUGGUUAUGAUAAACUGGGUGAACGUGAAAAAGAGGUUUGUUCCAACAUACGGUUAGUUCCAGAGGCGUACAUGGAUUUCAAACGGAUACUUGUGGUCGAAUGUAACAAAGUUGGGUCACUUCGUUUAGCACAGGCAAGGAAUCUCAUCAAGAUAGACGUGAAUAAGACAAGGAAACUGUUUGACUUCCUGGUGGAUGAAGGUGUCAUUGUGAAGGAGCAAGCAAUCGGGAAGUAAACGGUUAACAUUUAUCAUUGAGUAACGCUUGCAUUACAAGCUCACGAGUACCCGCCAUAGGUACACCUCACUCUCACCUUCACAGUUCAUGGUUACAGUGGUCUGACUUGUGUUUAAUGUCCACAGUCUGUGUAACCAGGAUCCUCUGUAAUGUUACUGUGCAACAAGUGCUUAUCCCUUUGUGCAUUUUAGAUGUCAGAUAUUUAUAUCUGAACGUCAUCGUACUUGUACGGUACAGCUUGUAUAAAACAAACUGUGAUUCUGCCAUGUCUACAUUAAUUAUGUUGUUUCUUUAAAUAAAUGCCAAUGUAAUAUAAUGA